CCGCCGUCUCCUGGUAACCCCCGAAGGCAACUGGAGAAGCAGCCCGGGCCGCGGGCAGCGCAGCCGCCGAGCUCUGCCGUGUUCAGGUGGCAGGAGCGGGCUGCGAGCAGCGCUCGGCUGCAGCGGCAGGGGAGCUGCUUUCACCCUACACACGCAGAGCAGAAGGUUAAUCUCGUUUGGAAGGAAUCCUUUAAACUGGGGCAAAAGGCUGGAACCGGACUGGAGGGGAGAGCACAAGCCGAUUGAGUCUUGGGAGGCUCUGGGACGUGUGAAAGUGAUUUGGAGAGAGCAAAGUCUGUGCACGAUGGACACCCAGCCCCAGGCAGCCUGCGUCGCGCAGGGGGCUCCCGACCCGGGGGUGAAGCACUCUCCUCCCGAGGACUUUCCUCCUCAGAUAAGGCUGUCCGAAAAGAUCCCACCGGUGAAGCCUUGCUUCAAAAAGAAGCAGCAAGUGCAGAAGAGGCUGGACCCAGAAACCCUGCGGGCUUUGGGGCCCAUCUUCACCAGUUUGCUGGGAGCUGGGACCCUGGGCAGGGUCUUUGUGGCCCGAGGCCAGAGCGAUGGUCACGGGGAUUUGUGUGAGCCUGCUGUGAAGAAGACUCUGGACCUUGGUACUUCCUGUCCCCAACCAGAAAAUAAUGUGACUGUGCUGGUGCCAGCAGCUCCAGCCGUGCAGAGUCAGGCACCGGGAGCUGAUCCUCCUCCUGGGCAUCCCGAGCAGGACAAGGAGUCAGGGGAGCAAAGCUUCUCAACAGAAACGGCUCCUGGAACCUCUGCUGCUAACAGUAAUGAAUCAUUCCAGGACCAUCCUUUGCACCCAACUGCUGCUGCUGCUGAUGGUGCAGCUUGUCCUUUGUUCCCAGAUAAGAUUCUGGAAAGCUACACCUCUGGCUUGUUCCAAGGGGAUAGCUGUCCCAUGCAGUACAGCCUGAACCCCAGCAACACACUCAGUGCUGGCAUAUUCCAGGACAAAAGUGAAGAAGCUUCUCUGGAUCUGGUGUUUGAGCUCCUGAACCAGCUGCAGUAUCACACUCAUCAGGAAGAGGGGAUUGAAAUCUGUGUGGAUUUUCUCCAGGGCACCUGUGUUUAUGGCAGUGACUGUCCCAAUCAUCACACAGUCUUGCCUUAUCACUGGCAAGUGAGGAGGACAGCAAGCCAGAGCUGGCAAAGCGUCACCAACGAUUCCCAGGAGCAUCUGGAAAGGCUUUACUGCAACCCUGACAACGACAGGAUCAGAGUGAGAUAUGGGGAACAUGAGUUUCUGGUGGACCUGAACACCAUGAAGCUGUAUGAGACGGAUGAGUUUGACCAGCUGCGGCGCCUGUCCACACCAGCCUGCUCCAGCUCCACCUCCAACUACUACACAGUCUGGAAGUACUUCUGCAGGGACCACUUUGGCUGGAGAGAGUACUCAGAGCCUGUGGUGAGGUUGAUUGAGGCUGCUGUGGGCCGGGGGCUGAAGGAGGUUCGCUUCAUCACCUGGCACAACCAAUACAUCCUCAACGUCCGCGACGGCUUCCAGCAGAACGCCUGCGUCCGCAGGGAGAUCAAGAGGAGGCCUCUGCUGCGCUCCUGCGUCGUGCUGAUGCCCUUUCUGCAGACCUUAGGAGGCAGCUCUCCAGCCCCUUCUCCAGCAGCUGACCCAGCUUCUUCCCAAGACUUAUCUCCAACUGCCAUUACCUCCCCAAACUUCUAUCCUGAGACCUGGAUUAGUAUGGAUCCAGCUCAGGACUUCAUCCAAGUGCCUGUUGCGAGUGAAGACAAGAGCUACAGAACCAUUUACAACCUGUUCCACAAGACUGUGCCAGAGACCAAAUACAAGAUCCUCAAGAUCCUGAGGGUGCAGAACCAGUUCCUUUGGGAGAAAUACAAAAGGAAGAAGGAGCACAUGUGCCGGCGGCUGAGCGGGCUGGAGCGGCUGCUGAGCGAGCGGCACCUGUUCCACGGCACCUCCGCCGACGUGGUGGAUGCCAUCUGCAAGCACAACUUCGACCCGCGCGUCUGCGGCAAGCACGCCACCAUGUUCGGCCAGGGCAGCUACUUCGCCAGGAAGGCCAGCUACAGCCACAACUUCUCCAAGAGGUCUCCCCGAGGGGUGCACUACAUGUUCCUGGCCAAGGUGCUGACCGGCAGGUACGCCGUGGGCAACCACACCAUGAGGAGGCCUCCCCCCGUCACCCCCGGCAGCGUCACCAGCGACCUCUACGACUCCUGCGUGGACAACUUCUUCGAGCCGCAGAUCUUCGUCAUCUUCGCCGACGACCAGAGCUACCCCUACUUCAUCAUCCAGUACGAGGAGGUCAGCAGCACCGUCUCCAUCUGAGCCCCACGCCCCUGCCUGCUGGCUGCCCUCCCUCCUCGCAGCCUCCAGCCCGGCCCCGCGGGCAAGGCUCCGUGCAGCGCCCGACCCCUACCUGCUGCAGCCUGGACUUGCUUGGGAGGAGCCCCCAAAGAGCUCUGAGGUGACCAAGCCUUCACCUGCUGGCUCCAAGGCUUGACUUUGCUGGCUCCAAGGCUCGACCUGCUGGCUCCAAGGCUUGACUUUGCUGGCUCCAAGGCUCGACCUGCUGGCUCCAAGGCUCGACCUGCUGGCUCCAAGGCUCGACCUGCUGGCUCCAAGGCUCGACCUGCUGGCUCCAAGGCUUGACUCUGCUGGUUGGUGCUGUCUGUGCAAAGUGUAAAUAGGUUUUAUUUCCCCCUUGUUCAUAGGUGACAAAUCUGUGCCUUUUUUGUGAUCCCAGCGGCGGUUAUUUAUGGGCAGUAAAAACGUUCAUGGCUCCAAA